ACCACACCUCAAAAAACAAAUCACAAAUAUUCGCAAAGUAACUUGAAACUCUGUCUCUCUGACUGUGUGUGUGUGAGUGGAGCAAAGGAUCAAUGACAACAGUUGAGAAUGGAGGAGUGGCAUGUAAUUACAGGCUAAGGAGAAGAAGCUACUAUGGUUUCAGGGAACUGGGCUUACUUGAGAAGCCACAAAUUUUGAGAAUUCUUCGAAACGUUUCGAUGAUAUCUCUACUCAGAAACGGCCUUUAUACUCGCUGCCCAUCUCCUGCUAGAAACACUUGCAUUUUCAGCAUGAUAUUGGAGACAUCUAGACAUAAUAGGGUCCCUGUAUAUGUGAUGAUGCCUGUGGACACAUUUGGCUUUGAUCCUUCAGGGAGUCCAAGGAUUAGAAAAAUCAAGGCCUUAACUGUAUCUCUAAAAGCACUCAAGUUGGCAGGUGUCCGUGGAAUUGCAGUUGAGGUUUGGUGGGGAAUUGUAGAGCGUUUCUCUCCAGUUGCAUAUGAUUGGUCUCUUUAUGAACAGCUUUUCCAACUGAUAUCUCAGCUGGGGUUGAAGUUGCAUGUUGACCUGUCUUUUCACUCAAAUAGGCAUACUUCAUCUGGUGGUAGUGGGGAUGUUAGUCUCCCUUUGUGGAUUCUAGAGAUUGGUGAGCACAAUAAGGAUAUAUAUUAUCGAGAUCAAAAUGGAUUUUCCAAUGAUGAUUAUCUUACUCUAGGAGUGGACCAACUUCCUCUGUUUUGUGGCCGGACUGCCCUCCAGUGUUACGAAGACUUCAUGUUCAGUUUUGUUAACAAAUUUGAGUCCUUUUUUGGAAGUGUGAUUGAGGAGAUAAGUGUUGGUCUUGGUCCUUCUGGAGAGCUUAGAUAUCCUGCACAUCCUUUUGGUGAUGGCAGAUGGAAGUUUCCCGGAAUUGGCGAAUUCCAGUGUUAUGACAAGUACAUGAUGGAGGACUUGAGGAUGGCUGCAUCCCAAGAAGGAAAGCCUCAGUGGGGAGAUAAGGGCCCACAGAAUGCUGGCUAUUAUAACAGUCUCCCGUCUGGGGUUCCUUUCUUUGAAGGAGGAGAGGAUGGAUUUCUUUCUGAUUAUGGUCGGUUUUUCCUUGAAUGGUACAGUGGUAGGUUGAUUCACCAUGCAGAUGUUAUUCUUGCAAAGGCAGCUAAUAUUUUGAAGCAGUAUCAAGGCAAUAAGAGAACUACUGUUACGUUAGUGGCUAAAAUUGGUGGAAUAUAUUGGUCGUACCACACAGUAUCACACCCUGCUGAACUUACUGCUGGUUACUACAACACUGCUUGCCGGGAUGGUUAUGAUCCUGUUGCUCUGAUGUUAUCUCGUCAUGGUGCUGCAAUGCAUAUUUCCUGCUUUGAAAUGAGAGACAGUGAAACCUCACCAGCAUGUCUUUGCAGCCCAGAAGGAUUACUUGAACAGAUUCGAACUGUUUCAAAGAAAAGGAUAAUCAAUGUGAUUGGAAGAAAUAACAAUGAACGAUUUGACAAGGCUGGAUUAUGGCAAAUAUAUGCAAACUGUUACCAUCCACGGUCAGAAUUUGUAACAUCAUUUACAUUUUUCAGGAUGAAUGAAAAGAUUUUUAGGGUUGAAAACUGGACGAACUUUGUCCCCUUUGUUAAAAAGAUGAGCAGAGAGUUGUAAAAAUACCUCUAAUUCUUUUUCUUUUUUCAUUUACUAAACUAUCAAGAGUGGUUGUUCCACUUCCAUAGUUUUUUUUACUUUGGAUUGGGUUGGGGGGUGGGGGUGUAAAAGUGUUUGUAACUUACUAGCCUAUAGUGGUGGAGGACUUGAUAGCCCAUGAUAAAGAGGGCAGAAUUUGUGACA